AUGCAAGCAGAGCAACCACAGGCCGCCUCCGGAAGAGUCCUCCCGCCCGUGCCAACUUCUCUGGAGGACCUCGACCUCGAAGCCCUGCUGCCCGAGGGAGGCGCUCACCCCAGUCCCCGCCGCUGGAACGACCAGGUGUGCUACUUCCUGUUGCCCGACCGGUUCAGCGACGGGAAGGAGAGCGAGCGUGCGCUCUACAAGCCGGAGCGCGCGGCCGAGUUUGCGCUGCCCGAGGGCGAGAAGGAGGCAUGGGCGACGUCGGCCAUGCAGUGGCAGGGCGGCAACCUGCGCGGCAUCAUGUCCCAGCUGCCCUACAUCAAGGGGUUGGGCAUCACCACGAUCUGGCUCGGGCCGAUCUACAAGCAGCGGAUAGACGAGCCCACGUAUGCGAUCCAGAACUUCCUGGAGGUUGACCCGCACCUCGGCACUCGUGAAGACCUCAUCGAACUCGUCAAGCUCGCGCACUCGAUGGGCAUGUAUGUGCUGCUGGACGUGAUCUUCAAUCACACGGGCGACAACUUCUUCUACAAGCACGAGGGCAAGAUGGUGUCGACCAUGCCCUACAGGGACCACCACAAGCACCCGUUCGGUGCGUGGAAAGACGAACACGGCAAACCCUGCGAGAAGAUUCAGUCGCUGGAGGACGGGGUGUGGCCCAAGGAGUUCCAGGACCCCGAGUGGUACUUCCGGGCCGGCACGAUCGCCGACUGGGACAAGCACCCCGAGUUCGUGCGCGGCGACUUCAUGACCCUCAAGUCGCUGAACCUCGACAGAGGCGACACGCUCUCGGCCCUGGUGCAGGUCUACCGCUACUGGAUCGCCCUCACCGACUGCGACGGCUUCCGUCUGGACACGGUGAAGCACGUCCCGCUCGCCGCCGCCCAGCGCUUCUGCCAGGGCAUCCACGAGUUUGCACACUCGAUCGGCAAGGACAAGUUCCUGAUGGUGGGCGAGGUCUCGGGUCCUGCGCCCAUGCGCCUGCGAUUCCUGGGUGGUGGCCUUCCCUUCACCCACAACCUCGACGCCGUUCUCGACAUCGGGGAGCAAUCGAAGAGGCUGUGCAACAUGUACACCCUGUCGGACCAGUGCGACCUUCAGCUGGUCUUCCAGGCCAAGGACGCGCUGGAGAAUCUGCGCGAGGCUGGCUUCCUCCACUUCAUCGUCCUCGAUGACCACGACAUGAUCUGGCAAUACGAUGAGAAGGCUCGCGUGGGUCACAUCAACGACGGGCCGCUGCGCGAGAAGCGCGUGGCCAACCUGACCAACGUGCAGCUGACCCUCCCGGGCAUCCCCUGCAUCUACUACGGCACGGAGCUGGCCCUCAACGGCCACGGCAACCACGACAAGUACCUCCGCGAGAACCUCUUCGGCGGCGAUUUCGGGGCCUUCGCCACCAGGGGCUGCCACUUCUUCGACCGCCAGCACCCACCUACCUGCGCAUCGCCGCCGUCGGCCAUCUACGCGCUCGCGCGGUACCUCCCUGCCUACGCUCUUGACAAGGUCGGGCUUACGCUGCGCCACGGGCGCAUGUACCUGCGCGAUGUGUGCCCGAUCGCCUUCACGACGCGGGCGCAGAGGGACGAGAGCGACAGGGUCGAGCGGGAGAAGCUGAAGAAGAAUCUGAAGAAGCAGGGCUCGCACGACGCCGUCGACACGCUGCUCAGGCAGGCCUCGCUGUCCCGCGCGCACUCGAUCGAGAGCAUCGCCAGCGACACACUCAAGAAUCUGAAGAAGAACAACAACCGCAACACGAAGACGCUGCGGCGGCGGCUGCUGCGGGCCAACACGAACAUCGACCUGCGGCUGACCGAGGAGGAGGUCAUGGCCGACGAGCACGCGCGGUGGUGGCGCGAGUCGCGCCGCGGCGAGGUGCUGGCCUGGUCCCGCAUCCACUACAACUGCGAGGUGCUGGUGGUGCUCAACACCCACCCGACCGAGGAGCGCCGCGCGCUGGUCACCAUCGACCGCCGCCUGCAGGAGCGCAAGCUCGAGGCCAAGCUGCGGCACCACGAGAACGCCCAGGCCACCAUGUCCAUUCUCUACCACAGCCAGUGGAGCGACGCCACCCUCGAGGCCGUGCUCGCCUCGCCCACCUCUUCGCUCUACUCGUCGUCGGGCGGCGCGCCCGCCACGACCACGGCAGAGGAGGGUAGUGCGACCGAGGACAAGGAGCGCAUCAUUCGGCAGCUGCAGCGCAGUGUGCCGGUCCAGCAGCAGAAGGACGGCCGGUUCUUCGUGUCCAUCAGCCUGCCCGCGGCCGCCAUGGCCAUCCUCCACUGA